AUGUUUGCGCAGCUGCAGCUGCCCUCUCUCCCCGAAGGGGUGCGGAAGGUUCCAGGCUUCUGCACCUCCCGCCGUGCCGGCUCCGCUGACCAUGCCUACCGCAUCACCAAGAAGGCCCAGAUCUCUGCCCCCACCAGUCAACUCUUCUCAGGUCGUUUCCCAGAGAACUUCUCCAUCAUGGCUCUGGUCAAGGCCCAUGCGGGCCUCCAGGCCUUCCUGUUGUCCAUCUACAGUGAGCAGGGUGUCCAGCAGCUGGGUGUGGAGCUGGGACGCUCCCCCGUCUUCCUGUACGAGGACCAGACCGGCAAGCCCGCCCCCGAGGACUACCCCCUCUUCAGUGGCGUCAACCUGGCCGACGGCAAGUCAGGYGAUAUCCAACAGCUGCUGAUCGCAUCCAACCCUCAGGCUGCUUAUGACUUCUGUGAACACUACAGCCCCGACUGUGACUCCCCCUUACCCAAGACCCAGUCCCAGGAYCCCAACACAUACGUGAGUAACACAGCACCACAUACACUGGACAGUAACCUGGAAGUGAAUUAG